AUGUGCGACCGCAGCCUCUGCCGGCCGAGCUGCGUGGGCUCCCUCCUGAACCUGCCCUCCGCCGCCGACCCCUUCUACUUCCCCAGCCUGCGGGCCAACGGCGGCCACCCCCUGGCGACCUCCUUGCCCGCCCUCUCCUACCCCCGGAGCUCCGUCGCCUGGACCCCGCCGGCCGGCCCCGCUUUCGCCGCCUCCUCGCCGCCUCCGCCUUACCUGGCGGCGGCGGGCAGCCUCCCCGUCGCCCUCAACCCCGGCGGCGGCAAAGAGGCCUCUGAGGGGCCCCCCAAGCCCUUCGCCCACCAAGGCGCUUCCAAGCCGGAGAUGAGGAGCGGGCUCGGCCGGGAGGGCUUGGCCGGCGAGCCCGGCGGGGCGCUGCUGGCUCCGGCCAAGGGGCUCAAGUGCCAGCCCAGGGGUUUGCCCGGCCCUCCGGCCGCCCUGCUAGACGCGGACUGCGGCGCCUCCGGCCGGAAGGAGGACUUCAAGCAGCCAGUCAACUUGAACGUGACUCUGCAGCCUGCCACCGGGGCCCCACUUGGCCACAGAGCCGCCCUGCUGGACGAUCUCGCCUGGUGUCCCGCUCAAGGGAGGUCGAGGAAGAAGCGCAAGCCCUACACCAAGCAACAGAUCGCCGAGCUGGAGAGCGAAUUCCUCCUCAACGAGUUCAUCAACCGCCAGAAGAGGAAAGAUCUGUCCAGCCGGCUCCACCUGAGCGACCAGCAAGUGAAGAUCUGGUUUCAGAACCGGCGGAUGAAGAAGAAGCGGGCGGUGAUGCGCGAGCAGGCGCUGGCCCUCUACUAG